GCCCAUAGAAACCCAACCGGGCACCCGCGCAAAAACGGAAACUGCGUUCGGUAUCGUCAACUUAUUCAUCCCAGAAUUACCAAUGUCGAUGGAUUUCUAUUUUGCGCUUUAAUUUCUCUUUUGUUCUGGUUUUGGGUGCAAAAAGAUCAGCUUUUUUUUUUUUUUCUUGAUCACAGUCAUGGCGACGAGAAACAGAAAUGAGGUAUUCAGAAGGCACAGGAACACUCUGAACCAGAACCGCAUUCCAUUUACUUCUUCGUCGAAAGCAUUCGGCGGCGACGCUCCGGUUAUCGAAAUGGCCACUUCUUCGUUUUUCAAUUCUCGCCGCUCGUACGCACCCCUGAGCACGGAGGAUCCCGGGCCUUCCACCUCCAGUUAUGAUGUGCAUACAGUGGGUUUAGCUCCAGGUUGGGUAGAUAUUUCAGAAGAAGUUGCUGCCAACAUAAACCAGACUCGAGUUAAAAUGGCUGAGUUGGUAAAGGCCCACGCAGAAGCUUUAACGCCAUCUUUCAUUGAUGGAGAAGUAGAUCAAUGUAGGAUAGAGGCUCUGACUCAAGAUAUUACAGAUUUAUUAAGGAAGUCAGAAAAGACACUGCAAAAUCUUUCUGCUGGUGGACGUUCUGAGGAUUCAACUGUCAAACGAAAUGUGCAGCGAUCUCUAGCUACAGACCUUCAGAACCUUUCAAUGGAGCUCCGGAAGAAGCAAUCAAUAUAUCUUAAAUGCCUACACCAGCAAACUGAGGGACUUGAUGCGCUUGAUUGGAAGAUGAACUUGAAUGGAACAUCCUGUAAUGUAGAUGAUGAAAUCAGUGGCAUGGGUUUUAAUGAACAUCAAAUGGCCAAGCUUAAGAAUAACAAUCAGUUUUCAGAGGAUAGAGAAACAGAGAUUAAACAGGUUAUGAAGUCGGUUAAUGAGCUUGCUCAAAUUAUGAAAGAUAUCUCAGUCCUUGUGAUUGACCAGGGCACAAUAGUUGAUAGGAUAGAUCACAACGUUCAAAGUGUUGCUGCAUCAGUUGAAGAAGGCACUAAACAAUUACGAAAGGUCUUCUUCUGUCUCUUUCUCAUAUGUGCAUGCAUGCAAGAUUGCGAGCAGAUGCAUAGAGUAUUUUAUCUAUCUGUGGUUGGAAGAGGCUGGGGUGGUAGUUGCUUGUACCGACUAAUAUCCAAAACAUUCGAAUUUAUUUCUCCUAAUAUACUAAUGCUUGAUUAUCGGGGGUUGAAAUUUCAGGCAAAGAGAAAUCAGAAGGAAGGGGGAAUGGUGAGAUGUGCAACAGUCCUUUUUAUCAUGUGCUUCGUCUUGCUUAUGUUAUUAGUCUUUAAGGAGAUACUUGUAUGAUGUGAUUUCAUUUUGUC